AUGAAUGCGUCAGGUGCUGGAUAUCCACUGGCCUCUCUGUAUGUAGGGGAUUUGCAUACUGAUGUGACAGAAGCGAUGUUAUAUGAGAAGUUUUCCCCAGCAGGACCAAUAAUGUCUAUCAGAGUCUGCCGUGAUAUAUCUACUCGUCGAUCACUGGGAUAUGCAUAUAUCAAUUUCCAACAGCCUGCUGAUGCUGAAAGGGCACUGGACACAAUGAAUUUUGAAGUAAUUAAAGGAAGACCAAUACGCAUUAUGUGGUCUCAGAGAGAUCCAGGUCUACGGAAAUCUGGUGUAGGAAAUGUAUUUAUCAAAAAUUUGGAUGAGUCCAUUGACAACAAAGCUUUGUAUGACACUUUCUCUGCGUUUGGGAACAUUUUAUCUUGUAAGGUGGUUUGUGAUGAACAUGGAUCUAGAGGGUACGGUUUUGUUCACUUUGAGACACAAGAAGCAGCAAAUAGGGCAAUUCAAACUAUGAAUGGAAUGUUGCUUAAUGAUCGUAAAGUAUUUGUAGGUCAUUUUAAAUCACGAAGAGAAAGAGAACUGGAAUAUGGAGCCAAGGUGAUGGAAUUUACUAAUGUUUACAUCAAAAAUUUUGGGGAAGAUAUGAAUGACAACAGGCUCAGAGAAAUGUUUUCUGCUUUUGGUAAUACAUUAAGUGUAAAAGUAAUGAUGGACGAGACAGGUCGAUCCAGAGGCUUUGGCUUUGUCAAUUUUGGAAAUCAUGAAGAAGCACAAAAAGCAGUUUCUGAAAUGAAUGGCAAGGAAAUAAAUGGCCGAAUGAUUUACGUAGGAAGAGCUCAAAAGAGGAUAGAACGUCAGAGUGAAUUAAAGCGCAAAUUUGAACAAAUAAAACAGGAAAGAAUCAGCCGAUAUCAGGGUGUUAACUUGUAUGUGAAAAACUUGGAUGAUGGCAUUGAUGAUGAUAGGCUCAGGAAAGAGUUUUCGCCAUAUGGUAUGAUUACAAGUGCAAAGGUAAUGACAGAUGGAGGACACAGCAAAGGGUUUGGCUUUGUGUGCUUCUCCUCGCCAGAAGAAGCAACUAAAGCAGUCACGGAAAUGAAUGGUAGAAUAGUUAGCACAAAACCUCUGUAUGUUGCACUGGCUCAAAGAAAGGAAGAAAGAAAAGCCAUCCUUACAAAUCAAUAUAUGCAGAGACUAGCAACAAUGAGAGCAAUGCCUGGACCUCUUCUUGGUUCCUUCCAACAGCCCACAAGUUAUUUCUUACCUGCUGUUCCACAGCCUCCAAGCAGAACGUUUUAUAGCCCAAGCCCUGUAGCUCCAGUGCGUCCAUCUCCUCAUUGGGCACAGACUUCCAGACCGCCUCAAUACCAAACAGCAACACCUUUAAUGAGGGCAGUUCCUCCGAGACGUGUAGCUUCUAAUAUCACCACAUUGAAGCAGGCAUCAACACAAGUUCCCAGAGUGACUUCACAAAGUCAAAGAGUAGCAAAUAUUGGUACUCAGACAGCUGGUGCUCGUGCCCAAGUUAAUCCAACCAUGAUGCGCUCAGUGCAGCCAUACAAGUAUUCCUGUGGAGUGCGGAAUGUACAGCAAGUGGGGAGUGCAACGCCCAUGCAACAGAUGAUUGAACCUGCGGUUAUAAUGCAAGGUCAGGAACCUCUAACAGCAUCCAUGCUAGCAGCUGCCCCUCCACAAGAACAAAAACAACUAUUAGGUGAGCGGCUUUACCCACUGAUACAAAGGAUGCAUUCCGGGUUGGCUGGCAAGAUAACUGGAAUGCUUCUGGAGAUAGAUAAUUCUGAGCUUCUUCAUAUGCUGGAAUCUCCAGAAUCUCUUCAUUCAAAGGUAUAA